AUGGUGCCCCAGCAAAUCUCCGAAGUGAGGUCUCUGACGCCGACCUCGAGCGGAGUGCCGGUGUUCGGGUCGCAACUGGUCGACAAGAAUUCGUCGACACCGUACACUGAUGCAACUCAGGCCGCCUCGCCCGUAGUGUGGCGCCGAGGUGUACGCGCUCCAUCGGCAAUGACCUUUGCCUGCCCACUUUUAUUUCUCCGCUGCAACCGGUCCAACGAGCGGGCAGCACUACCCACUGCCCCCGGCGCGGCCACACUCGGCUAUAACGCGUCACGAGGCAAGUAUCAAGUAUCAAGUUCAAUGCUGCGAUCUAUU